AUGUCCGACCUCGACCAGGCCAUUGCGCAGCUGCGCGCGUGCCGGCUGAUUCCCGAGGAGCAGGUGCGCGAGCUGUGCCACAAGGCGCGCGAGCUGCUGAUCGAGGAGGGCAACGUCGUGCAGGUGACGGCGCCGGUGACCAUCUGCGGCGACAUCCACGGGCAGUUCCACGACCUGAUGGAGCUGUUCCGCGUGGGGGGCGACGUGCCGGACACCAACUACCUGUUCCUGGGCGACUUUGUCGACCGCGGCUUCUACUCCAUCGAGACGUUUCUGCUGCUGCUGUGCCUCAAGGUCCGCUACCCGGACCGCAUGACGCUGAUCCGCGGCAACCACGAGUCGCGCCAGAUCACGACCGUCUACGGCUUCUACGACGAGUGCCUGCGCAAGUACGGCAGCGCCAACGUGUGGCGCUACUGCUGCGACGUGUUUGACUACCUGGCGCUGGCGGCCAUUGUCAUGGGCGUGUCCAACACGCUGGGCCCGGCCAACGCGUCCGUGACGGAGCAGGAGUACAUUGACGAGGAGGUCGAGAUCGAGGUGUGCAACUCGGACGGCGACAUUGUCAGCCGCUUCCAGCGGCGCGAGCGCGCGGGCGGCGCCUCGGCGCAGCUGCAGCAGCACCAGCAGCAGAUGCUGCACCAGCAGCUCGUGGCGGCCGCGAACCAGAACGUGCCCCUGAACGGGCCCAACGGCCUGCCCAUGGGCAACUACGUGCCGGCCACGACCGCGACCGCGCCCCAGCCGGCGCCGCUGCCGUCGUCGCUGCCGUUGGCGUCGUCGUCGACCAACGGCGCGACGGCGAGGAGCGCCUACGGCAAGACGGGCCCGCCGGGGUCGGGCGCGUCCGGCGCGAGCACGGGCUCCGUGGGCAACCCGGCCGGCGCCGUGCUGUGCGUGCACGGCGGCCUCAGCCCGCUCGUGGACACCAUCGACAAGAUCCGCGUGCUCGACCGCAAGCAGGAGGUGCCGCACGAGGGCGCCAUGUGCGACCUGCUGUGGUCCGACCCGGACGAGAUCGACGGCUGGGGCCUGAGCCCGCGCGGCGCCGGCUUCCUGUUCGGCUCCAACAUCGUCAAGGCCUUCAACCACCGCAACGACAUCUCGCUCGUGGCGCGCGCGCACCAGCUCGUCAUGGAAGGGUUCAAGGAGAUGUUUGACGGCACGAUUGUCACCGUCUGGUCCGCGCCCAACUACUGCUACCGUUGCGGCAACAUUGCCGCGCUCCUCGAGCUGUCCGAGGACGCGUCCGGCCUGGGCUCCUUUGGCCGCAGCAACGGCGACGCCAUGCGCAGCGCCGAGGCCACGCAGCGGGGCACCCUCGAAGAGGCCGAGCUGUGGCAGGGCAACGGCCCCGGCCGGCGGUACCGCGUGUUUGCGGCGGCGCCGCAGGACUCGCGCGGCAUGCCGGCGAAGAAGCCGGUGGCUGACUACUUUUUGUGA